AUGGCUGAUUCUGCUCAGGUCGAGAGACCUUACGCGUCGGCCGACUCCGCGGUGGAUGUUACUUCCACGUCGCUGGUGCAGGGCGGCGAGAACUACGGUUACACCGGCGAGGUGCAAGAUAUUCCCGGCUCAGGUGAAAAAACUAAUCGCAUGGAGCACCUCGAGGCAACCGAGUCCGUGGAGUACGGAAUGCCGGAUGCCAACGGACAGCAGCUGUACGACAACGGCGGGGCCGCUUACCAGCCUUCCGACGGCAGUUAUACAGACCAGGGCUGGAACAGCUCGGGGUACAUGGGUUUGUCCCAGGAAGGCCUCCACUUCAGCGGCGAGGUGCCGCACGAGUCACACAUGGCUUUCGGAAACCAGGGAUUCGACAUGACCAGCACUUUAGUGGGCUCGUUUGGCAGCGUUGUCAGCGAGAAUUCCAUGCAAUCCGCUGAUGGCUCGCUGCACUCCAAACUGCUGGACAUGGCACAGCACGAUAUUAUGCCGCCCCAUGGCAUGUCCCUAAAAAUGGACGGCGGCGCCAUGUCGGGCGAGCCUCCUCGACGCGCGAUCUCGAAGGGUCGCAAGAACAAGGAUGAGGCCAAUGAGCUGGUGCGUCGCGCCAAGUUACUGCCCAAGGUGAUGGGCGUUCGCUACGAUGCCAACCACCAAUACUGGGUUGCGACGUGGUAUCAAAAUCGCAAGAGAAUGGAUCGGUACUUUUCCGUAGGUCGUUUCGGCUUCGAGGAGGCCCGUAUGCUGGCCAUCGACUGCCGCAAGACGGCGGGCAAGAGCCUGCAGGGCAAAUCAUACGACCGGCCGCAUUACGCGCACAAAGAGGCGUCGGCCAACCCCCGCCCUACCUACGAUGCUGACAACAGCGCGGACAAAAGCACGGAGUACUACGGCGGCUCCGACACGUCGAAGAAGACGAAGGAUUUCAACCGUCUCAACGUGUCCAAGGUGGCGCUGAACUACAUUCUGUCUGACCUGUGCAACAACUGCUUGCCGAGCAUCCUCGAAAACAACCACAUGCCCGGGGAGCUCUAUAUUCAUUGCUACAACAAAAUAUCCGACCACCUUCAGAUGAUAAUCACGGCGAAUCAGUCUGAGGAAAUAGAGAAGUACCUGCACUUGUUCCAGUUGUGUAUUCAGAACCGCGUGCUGCCCAGCGCGCUGCAGGUUCAGGAGCAGAGGGCAAUGAUCACCACUCUGUGCCAGAUGUAG